UUUCCCUUUCGGCAUCCUGGCAUCUAUUCAUGUUCAAUUAUCGUAAAAGUCAAAGCGGCAUUACUUGUAUUCAAAAAUUCCUUAAUAAAAGUUUAGCUAAAUAAAUCAAAAUCAUAUUCAGUGAAAAUUUUUUGAUGCAUACAUAAUAAAUUAUAUAUCGUGAAGCAGAAUACAUUAAUUAGAGCUAACGGGGAGAUUAAAAAUAUAAUAUUAAAGACAAAAAUAAAAGCGAGAAAACAAGUUAGAUGGAGGGUCGUCGUACGAGCGGGCGUCGGAAACGGAAUGAAGAAUCGGUCUUAGCGCCAACAGAAAAAGUUAGUACAGCAAGUACGCAUAUCAAUGUACCCGUGAAAAGAAGUUCUUCUAAGACAAAUGUUUCUCCACCGAGACGCACUUCGCCUGGACGCACACGACGCUCAUCGCGACCGCGAUCUUCAGCCGCAGCAUCAGCGCCAUCCGCAAUAACUAUUGAACGGUCAUCUCCGGUUUCCAAUCCUUCUCCUAUAAAAGAAUUAAAGAAGACCCCUUCACCUAAAACCGCCUCGAAAACACGGAUACCGACUGCGGUUGGUUCGAAUGUUAACGUCGGUGAAAGAAGUUCACCGCCUUUUACAACAAAGUCUACUUCUUCCUUGCUUAGCACAUUUAGCUCCAGCAGCACCCAAAAGACUAUUGAGAUACGUUCGACUGCCUCAGCAUUGGACACCGAGUUUCAAAAGUUGUCGGAUUACAUACGACGCUCCGUUUCAAAAACUAUUGCCGGUGGCAGACGUGAGGGUACGCACACACCCACCACAAAUACUGAAGUAGAAAGUCGGUAUAGUCGUUCGGUGUCACGUUCUAUCUUUGAUGAUGGUGCUUCUUCGAAGGCGGAAUUUUCCGAUAACGAAACAAAUGGUCGCACAAUGGAAGAUUACGAAGAAGAUGAUGGAGACAACUUUAAAAGCUUCAAAGCAAGUUCCCAGCACUCGUAUUCGACCACUGCGCUGGGACCAAAUUGUCGGCAGCUGGAGACACCAAAGGAAUUUGGAGGCUGGGCAGGAACUACGCUACUAAUGCUACUCGUACCUUGCAUCGUGUACUAUUUGCAAUGGAGUUGUCAGAAGAACGUGUGUGAGUUGGUCAUACCCCAUAUGGAUAUUAAUUCAUUUAAAACUAGCGCUGCAUGGAAAUCUAUUUUCAACAAUGAAGCCGUUUCUGGGUAUAUUGCAUUUCAAUUAGGAGUUUUUGUGCUUUCCGCAACGAUAUUUGGUAGAUAUGUGCGCCUACCCACAGAACGCAUAGGUGGUAUUGGUGGUGUCACUCACUAUAGCGCUGAAUAUAAAUUCAAUGCAUUACCUAUUGCGAUACUGAUGACUUUGGGAGCUGGUUGGGCCGAGUAUCUAAACUAUCCGUUAGCUGAUUUCGUACUAAAACAUCAAAUGCGUUUUUGCUUAUAUGGAUUUUUAAAUGCAUUUAUUUUAGCAUUGUGGGCUUACAUACGCUCUAAUACGUUGAAUGCCAAAUCGAGCCAAGCGCAGCCAAACAUUUAUGGUAAAACAGGUAACUUUCUGGUGGACUAUGCACAAGGCCGGCAGGUGAACCCCAGAUGGAUAGAUUUGGUUGAUUUCAAGUUGGUGUUUUAUCGUGUGGCUUUGCUGUUGACUCUGUUGUAUGUUGAAUGUUAUUUGUAUAAACAGCUGUCUCUACCUUGGCUGCCGGCAAAUGAACGUGGCGUUUGGAACACGAUGACAUAUUAUUAUUAUAAUGGGCGAUAUGAUAGCGCAGCUUUGCUUACUUCGGGUAUGUUGCUGGCCUAUAUGUUGGAUGCUAUAAUUUUCGAGCACCAUUUGGCAUCUUCGUUUGAAAUGCAGGGUGAAGGUUUUGGUGCUUUGCUGCUCUUGCGUUAUGCAGCCACUCCAUAUUUAUUGACAGCGGUAGCACGAUACUUCUACGAACAGCAACUUGGCAAGCAAGUGCAAUCUUUGAAUUGCUGCUAUGCAGCAUAUUUACCCGUGGUACUCCUGAUUGCAGGCUUGCUACUUAAACGUAUAAGUAGCGCUAUCAAAUACAAAUACCGCGUAAAUCCUACAAAUGCAUAUUUUGUCGGUGUUGAAACCAUACACACGUUCCAGGGACGUCGCCUUUUGCUUGGCUCGUUUUGGGGUCGUGUACGUCAACCCAAUUAUGCUGGCGAUUUACUCGCACUCUGCGCUCUAACAUUACCGCUAUUUUUGCGUUUUGCCUGGCCACCAUUAAUUUGUGUACUGAUUUUGUGUACAAUAUUGUUACAUCGCACUAAACGCGUGCAAGUGCGUAACAUGUCGCGCUAUCAUUCGUCUUGGGUUCGCUAUUGUAAUAAAGUGCGAUACUAUAUAUUACCGAAAGUCUAUUGAGCUGAAAAAAUAUAAAGCGGUGCAAUGAGAUUGCAACGAGGACAAAUGAUUUAUUUUUUAAAUUUUUAGUACAUAGAAAUUAUUAUUAGUACAAAAUCACGAACCCAUAUAAUUUUGAAUAUGUUCAUUGGCAUCGGCCUCACAUGUAGAAGCAAUUAUAUUUUAGUAGGCAAAACGGUUAUUAUAAAUGUGAAAUGAUACCGCAAUGUUUAUCUAGGAUAAUGUAUUUAGUUUUUACAUUGAUUAUAAUACAAUUUUUUAUUUCAUUAAAUUUAUAUGUAUAUAAAACAAAAAAGGGCAUUAUAAUCGUAACAAGAAAUUUUAUAUGAAAAAAUUCAUAUUUUUGUAUUACCAACGAAAACAGUAAAAACUUUACGCAUAAUUAUACAAUACAUUGUAAUAAAUUUAUUGUAAUAAUUAUAUAUACAUACGUGUAUACAUAUAAGUAUUAAUAUAUAGCGUCAUUUGCGUCACCUUGGCCGAUAAGAUGACAAAUUAAAUUUUUACUUUGUGGUUAUGUGAACAAAUGAUUUACAUUUUAAUGACUCCUUGUUCAAAUUUUUUGUUUAGUGUUAGUAUCUUUUAAUCUUACCAUAAAUCGUACAAACCUGAAAAAUUUUAAUAUAGAAUAUCAACCAAGACUUUAAAUUGCAAA